CAUACACACAGUCCUCGUUUAUGGCCUAGUUUGUUUAUGACGGGGCCUUGUACUGAUAGAUGGCUUCGUCAGACAGACAGAGAUGGAUCGGUGGUGCGACGCAUCGCCACACCUGAACCCAUUCAAGUGUCUGUCUGUGGACACUCUGCACGUCCGUCCACGGAAGAGUCCAUUCUCACUCGGUCCCAUGCACUAAAUCAUGCACCAGCAGAAAUGAUUGAUGCACUCACCAGUCCGCCCGCCCGCCCACCCGCCCGCCCGCCAAACAGACAGUCAGCUGCUUACGUACGGUGCCUGGCCGUCGAGGAUGACAGCUGCGACGGGGCCGAGGACGCGACGGUGCAUGCCAUGCACCGUGGUGGGUGAGAUCUGCACGCCAUGUGGGAACCACAUUCUAAAGACAUGCACCAUUCAUCACACGCAGAAUUUGCGCAGCGCCGCACCGCGCCACACCUGUCCGUCUGUCUGUCUGUCCGUCCGUCUGUCUGUCUGUCUGUCUGUCCGCGCACUACACGUCCCCGGAUGAGUCCAUCAUGCAGCAGCAGAUAUGAGAUGCACACACCGCCAGACACGCAGCCCGCCCUACCGCCCGCCCACCGGACAGUCAGUCAGUCAGCUACUUCUGUGGCGAUCCUUGACGCCAGUCAGCCUGCGCAACACACCCCAACACCCACACAAUCCGCACCAUCAGGUACCCUCUGCAUCAUCUGGGUGGUCCCCACCGUGUACCUAAGGCGUCUGGCCGUCGAGCACGAUGGCCGCGAUAGGGCCGAGAGCGCGACGGGGUUUGGCGGCCGUCAGGGGGAAUCGCUGAGCGAAGGGCGCAUCCUGAGGGACACCUGCUGCUGGCGCCUCGGUGGUAUGGAUGGUGACGUGCACUGCACGCACACAAAGCAGAGCAAACGAUCAGACACAACAAGGCAGCAUGAUGAUGUGCUGUGCGUGUGCAUGCGUACCGUCCUGGUUGUUGCCUGGGGAGAUGUUGAAGGACAUCCACGCGAUGAAUGGGUCGUCCGACGUCGUCAAGAAAUGCAGCUGCACGCACCGCCCACUGGCCGCCUCCCAUGUCGUCACGCCCGAGCAUCCGUUGAGGGCCGUGUGCGGUGAUCGGGUCAUGAUGCGGUCGAGGUGGCCACCACGCACACUCCUGACACACACAUCAAUAACGCACCACAUAGCCAUUCGCUCUCUCAUUGCGUGCCAUCCACUGACCGUUCCACCGCCACUGUUGGCGAGUGGGAGAUGACCCCCACAGCCAACACCCGGUGAAACAGCAACAGGCCCUUCAGCAUGGAACUCGCCGAUGUUGAGACGGCGCCACCAUUGGCACCGGCCGUCCCCCAGCCCACACCCUGCUGCCACAGAAUGCGGCUCCCGACUGGCGGGUCGUGCGGCUUGGCGUGGUGGGUGAAGGGGUGCUGCGAGAAGGGAUGGACGGGGCGGUUGGGGAGGAAGAGGGGCGGGUCGAUGGCCAUGGUGAAGUUGGGCUCGUUGCGGAUGGCGCGGAUCUCGUUGUUGUGUCGGAACAGCUCGAGUGUGCCGUCUUGCUGGCCAUUGGGGCGGCGGAAGGCCACAUGGCGGCCGACGAGCAUCCACUGCGCAAACACACAGGGCAGCGCCAAGAAGUCCUGCAGCCAACACACAUCGGCACCCACAAAUCCAACAGCUCGCCCAUUGCCUCUUCUUGCUUACCCCCUUGGUGGCGUGUGUCUGGAGGUUUGCAGCACCCACAGUGACCGGCAGCUGACAGUAGCCGCCAUGCUCAGCGAGUCUGAGCGUCCCGCCCACCUCCCGCCAGCCGCCCUCGCCCCCCUCCUCUACCACCCACAUGGCCUUCAUCACAUCGCUGUGGCUCAGCUGAUCGUCGAACUGCAUCACACCGCUCAGCCCCGCCCGCUCGAUGGCCAUCGGCAGCCGAAGGUUGCGGGCGAUCGGCCGGAGGGCGUUGGUGACGGGUCGUGCAGUCGACUUGAAGCGGGCGAUAGCGGUCAAGUCAGACUGUGCGAUGAUGACGCUCAGGGGCCGGGCGGGGAGGUCAUACAGGUGCAACCGUCGCGCCUGAUGACACAGAGAAAGAAAGGCAGGCGACAUAUCAGACACAUACAUACCUUCACGUGUAUGGGUCUUCCGUUUGUGCCUGCCUGUGGUCACUCACUGACCCACCUGUGUGCGGCGGUGUGUUGUGAGUGCGAUAGUCGCGUCUAAAGUGUCCGCCAGCUGGGCCAGCCUGUCUGAUUCUGUGGCGACGUGACGGUUGAUCGUGUCGAGCAUCUGGUGAGCGAAGCAGGUGAGAGCAGCACCAAUCAAUCAAGACACGACGAUGACAGACACGCAGAGGCUAUUGUCUUGUGCUCCCACCUGGGGUGUCAUCGCACCGGCGUCCAUCUGUGUGAGUCGUUCGAUGCAUGCGUUGACCUGCACACUACACAAUCAGCACAAGCGAACAAGCAACUGAGCAAAGAGAGAUGGAUGCACCGCAAGGACGUGUGUGUGUCUGUGUGCGCGCGUGUGGAUGGUCAGUAUGAACUGGGCGAAGACACACAGAGUACCUUCUCCUGAUUCCGCCGGAACUGUGCGAGCUGCUGCUCCUGCAUCCGCAAGGCAACCAUCUGCGCAGGACAACACAACCAUGCAGCAUCGCUCACUCGGCCCACAUGCCCCUCCUCUCACCCGAGUUUCAACGAGAUCCAUCUAAGCGGCGAUGAUGAAUUACAACGCUCCGUGGCAGCUUCA